GAACAGGUGUAGGUAGUUUUAAUUAGUAAAUAUAUUAUUCCUUCUUUUAGAAAAAAAGCGCAAGAACGAAUUUAUUAUAAUAAAUUCCAUGUGACGUCACUAUAUUUAAAAUGACUAUAUAAGACGCCGAGUCCGUAAUGCAGGACCGCUAUGAUUCGUACUGAAGAAAACAUGACUAGAAAUCCAUUUUUUUUCCCCUGGACAAACUUUCCCAACUUAUACUCCUAUAACAAUUACCUUAAAGCAAGUGACGACUGCGUUUCAAUUCUGUUAGGAUCGAAGAAAGAACCGUGCCUCGAUAGUAUACCUAGGCAAUUGUGCGAAAAGUCACUGGGUCGCCCAACCUUUGGAAUGAAGACUCUAGAAGCGCCGACGACUCCAGUCGUUAAUUCCCUACAAAUUGCUGCAGGUCAGUCACCUGCAUUAGCUCACGCUUUAGCUCUCACUUCAGGUAGACCGAAUCGUCCUCGGUCAGAAAAGAAAUCCGUACCAGAGGAUUUGAAGGACGAUAAAUAUUUCGAGCGUCGAAAGAGAAAUAACCAGGCUGCAAAAAAGAGUCGAGAAGCAAGGAAAGCACGAGAAGACGAGAUCGCAAUACGAGCAAGUUUUUUGGAGAAGGAAAAUGCGAUACUAAGGGCACAAGUUGCGACUCUAAGGGAGGAAGCAAAUUCUUUGAGACAGCUUUUGUUGCAGAAACGUUCUCAGCAGGUUCAUCACGGUACAUCCUAAAAGUUUUAGAACAGACGUUAAUUCACGUGCUGAGUCUAUGUGCUUUUUUGAAAAUCUGUUAAAAAUAAUUGAUAGUUUUAAGAUUUAUAUUGCCUGUAUAACAUAUAGAUUGAUGUACGUUGCAUAUUACAAACUUUAAAAAAUUGCACAAUACCUAUCUAUUACUUUGCUUUA